GCCAUGGAGUUCAAUAAGGACUUGCCUCUUCCCCCUUUUCCUCGGCUGGAGGGAGACUUCGGUGCGUCUGCAGGAGAGAGAUCCCCAGUGUCCUUUCAGGAGGUCGCCGUGUUCUUCACGGAGGAGGAAUGGGCUCUGCUGGAUCCAGGCCAAAGAAAACUCUACUGGGAAGUGAUGGAGGAAAAUUACAAGAUUGUGUCCUCCCUUGUUGUAGAUGGAAGAGAGAUCACAAAUGAGAAUGAACCAGGAAGUUUGACUGUGAAAAGAGAAGAUCUGCAUGUUGAAGCAAAAUUUGAAGAUCAAUUGGUAGCAAAAAGACAAUGCAGAUGGAAAAUGAAAGCAAAGCAAAAGCAGAGGAAGGAAUUGGUUGCCUGUCAGAGCAGAAAGAUAAAGGAGGCCCCAGGCCAAGAUGACAGGAAAACGAGAACGAGAAGGCAGAUGGGUCCACCAAUUGAGAAAACAUUCAGCCACAAAAUCAGUCUGAAAAAAUAUCACAAUGUUGCAAUAUGCCAGAAAAAACAUUUGGAGUGCAGAAACAGCUUUUCUCAGAAAGGCAACCUAAUUGUGCAUCAAAAGAUGCACACAGGAGAAAAGCCGUAUAAAUGCUUGGAGUGUGGAAAGAGCUUCUCUCGGAAUGGCCACCUAACUACACAUCAAAGGAUUCACACAGGGGAGAAGCCAUAUAAAUGCUUGGAGUGUGGAAAGAGCUUCUCUGAGUCUGGUGUCCUAAGAAAACAUCAAAGGAUUCACACAGGGGAGAAGCCAUAUAAAUGCUUGGAGUGUGGAAAGAGCUUCUCUGAUUCUGGCGUCCUAAGAAAACAUCAAAGGAUUCACACAGGGAAGAAGCCAUAUAAAUGCUUGGAGUGCGGAAAGAGUUUUUCUCAUAAUGGCAGCCUAAGUGCACAUCAAAAGAUUCACACAGGGGAGAAGCCAUAUAUAUGCUUGGAGUGUGGAAAGCGUUUUUCUCAUAAUGGCAGCCUAAGUGCACAUCAAAAGAUUCACACAGGGGAGAAGCCAUAUAAAUGCUUGGAGUGUGGAAAGAGGUUUUCUCAUAAUGGCAGCCUAACUGCACAUCAAAGGAUUCACACAGGGGAGAAGGCGUAUAAAUGCUUGGAGUGUGGCAAGAGCUUCUAUGUGACUGCUGCCCUAAGAUCACAUCAAAGAAGUCACACAGGGAAGAAACCAUAUAAAUGCUUGGAGUGUGGAAAGAGCUUCUCUUGGAAUGGCCACCUAACUACACAUCAAAGGAUUCACACAGGGGAGAAGCCAUAUAAAUGCUUGGAGUGUGGAAAGAGCUUCUCUGAGUCUGGUGUCCUAAGAAAACAUCAAAGGAUUCACACAGGGGAGAAGCUGUAUAAAUGCUUCGAGUGCGGAAAGAGUUUUUCUCAUAAUGGCAGCCUAAGUGCACAUCAAAAGAUUCACACAGGGGAGAAGCCAUAUAAAUGCUUGGAGUGUGGAAAGAGCUUCUCUGAGUCUGGUGUCCUAAGAGCACAUCAAAGGAUUCACACAGGGGAGAAGCCAUAUAAAUGCUUGGAGUGUGGAAAGAGUUUUUCUCGGAAUGGCAGCCUAACUGCACAUCAAAGGAUUCACACAGGGGAGAAGCUGUAUAAAUGCUUGGAGUGUGGCAAGAGUUUUUCUCGGAAUGGCAGCCUAACUGCACAUCAAAGGAUUCACACAGGGGAGAAGGCGUAUAAAUGCUUGGAGUGUGGCAAGAGCUUCUAUGGGACUGCUUCCCUAAGAUCACAUCAAAGAAUUCACACAGGGAAGAAACCAUAUAAAUGCUUGGAGUGUGGAAAGAGCUUCUCUUGGAAUGGCCACCUAACUACACAUCAAAGGAUUCACACAGGGGAGAAGCCAUAUAAAUGCUUGGAGUGUGGAAAGAGCUUCUCUGAGUCUGGUGUCCUAAGAAAACAUCAAAGGAUUCACACAGGGGAGAAGCCGUAUAAAUGCUUGGAGUGCGGAAAGAGUUUUUCUCAUAAUGGCAGCCUAAGUGCACAUCAAAAGAUUCACACAGGGGAGAAGCCAUAUAAAUGCUUGGAGUGUGGAAAGAGCUUCUCUGAGUCUGGUGUCCUAAGAGCACAUCAAAGGAUUCACACAGGGGAGAAGCCAUAUAAAUGCUUGGAGUGUGGAAAGAGUUUUUCUCGGAAUGGCAGCCUAACUGCACAUCAAAGGAUUCACACAGGGGAGAAGCUGUAUAAAUGCUUGGAGUGUGGCAAGAGUUUUUCUCGGAAUGGCAGCCUAACUGCACAUCAAAGGAUUCACACAGGGGAGAAGGCGUAUAAAUGCUUGGAGUGUGGCAAGAGCUUCUAUGGGACUGCUUCCCUAAGAUCACAUCAAAGAAUUCACACAGGGAAGAAACCAUAUAAAUGCUUGGAGUGUGGAAAGAGCUUCUCUUGGAAUGGCCACCUAACUACACAUCAAAGGAUUCACACAGGGGAGAAGCCAUAUAAAUGCUUGGAGUGUGGAAAGAGCUUCUCUGAGUCUGGUGUCCUAAGAAAACAUCAAAGGAUUCACACAGGGGAGAAGCCGUAUAAAUGCUUGGAGUGCGGAAAGAGUUUUUCUCAUAAUGGCAGCCUAAGUGCACAUCAAAAGAUUCACACAGGGGAGAAGCCAUAUAAAUGCUUGGAGUGUGGAAAGAGCUUCUCUGAGUCUGGUGUCCUAAGAGCACAUCAAAGGAUUCACACAGGGGAGAAGCCAUAUAAAUGCUUGGAGUGUGGAAAGAGUUUUUCUCGGAAUGGCAGCCUAACUGCACAUCAAAGGAUUCACACAGGGGAGAAGCUGUAUAAAUGCUUGGAGUGUGGCAAGAGUUUUUCUCGGAAUGGCAGCCUAACUGCACAUCAAAGGAUUCACACAGGGGAGAAGGCGUAUAAAUGCUUGGAGUGUGGCAAGAGCUUCUAUGGGACUGCUGCCCUAAGAUCACAUCAAAGAAUUCACACAGAGAAGAAAGCAUGUAAAUGCUUGGAGUGUGGAAAGAGCUUCUCUUGGAGUGGCCACCUAACUACACAUCAAAGGAUUCAUACAGGGGAGAAGCCAUAUAAAUGCUUGGAGUGUGGAAAGAGCUUUUCUCGGACGGGCAACCUAACUGUACAUCUAAGAAUUCACACAGGGGAGAAGCCAUAUAAAUGCUUGGAGUGUGGCAAGAGCUUCUCUGAGUCUGGUGCCCUAAGAAAACAUCAAAGGAUUCACAAAGGAGAAAAGCCAUAUAAAUGCUUGGUGUGUGGAAAGAGCUUUUCUCAGAAUGGCCACCUGACAGUGCAUCAGUGGAUUCACACAGGGGAGGAAGGAAAAUGGUGGCUGACUAAGGACACACAUUUGUGUACUCUUGUACCAGUUUUGUUUCCUCAGCUUAAUUGCAAAGUCAGUCCAUCUAUUGAUAGAAGGCACACCACGUCACAUGCCAAGAAGAAUAUCAGAGGAUUUUUGAGCUCUUUUAAUUAGGGGUUGACGAUCCUCUCUCCUCAGACAUGGCAACAUCAAAGUAGGGACAGAUUGAAGCCAUCCGGAAGGCUAAGCUUGCAGUGUAAAUAUCUAUAUGUAUUUGUAAUGAUUUCGAGAAAUGGGUGCAUGUAUCUUUAAAUGCUGGAUGAAAUAGGUGAAGAGUGGGGGUGAGAGAGAGAUGAGUGAGUGAUAUGAUUGGUUGAUGAAUGAGAGUGUAGGCGGAGUGAAUGCUGUUUAGACUGAGAGAGGCAAGAGAAAAAUGUUUUGGGAGGGAGUAGAAAGCAGGCUAGCUGUGUGCUGCCUGAAUAUGUUGAAGUGGUUAUGAGAGAAAUAUAAUCUGUGAAUAAGAGUCAGAGAGGCUAGCUGUGUGCUGCCUGAGGAGUUUUAAGCAUUUUUAUGAGAGAAAUAUAGAGCCUAGAGAAAGAGUCUGUGUGUGAAGACUUACAAGAGAUCUGUGAAUGAGUUUAAAUGAAGUAACUUUAAGAACUAAGAACUACUUUUAUGAAACCAAUACGCUUCUUGAAAAAUAAACAUUUAUUUUGUUUUGUUAUA